AUGGUGGCCCAAGUAGCGAAACCUUCUUCAAAUGGCUCCGUAUGGAACAGAAACGAGAAACAAGCCGAUGUUAGAAAGCAAAACAUCCUGGCCGCUAAGGCUGUCGCCGACCUGGUCAGAACGAGUCUAGGCCCAAAAGGAAUGGACAAGAUGAUCAAAGAUGGAAGAGGAGGAGUUAUCAUUACAAACGAUGGCGCAACUAUAUUAAAGGAACUUUCACUGGUCCAUCCCACCGCCAAGAUGAUGGUUGAACUCAGCAAGGCCCAAGAUAUUGAGGCAGGUGAUGGGACCACCUCAGUGGUUGUCAUAUGCAAGGCACUCUUGGAGAUGGUUGAAGAUCUCCUAAACCAAGGAAUACACCCCCAGUCAAUAGCUGAUAGUUUGAAGUUAGCAGUUAACAAGACUGAGGAAAUUUUGGAAUCAAUCGCCAAACCAAUCUCAUUGGAAGACAAGGCUCUCUUGACCAACAUUGCAUCAAUUUCACUCCAGUCCAAGGUUGUUUCACAAAAUUCUUCUCUUUUGGCACCUAUAGCUGUAAAUAGCGUCCUAAACGUUAUGGAUACGCCAGAAUCUAGAAACGUAGACCUAAAGAAUAUAAAAAUUGUAAAAAGCGUAGGUGGUACAAUUGACGAUACUGAAAUGGUCGAUGGCUUGGUAUUCACAGAACAAAAGGCCAUAAAAUCCGCCAACGGACCAUCUAGGAUUACUAAUGCAAAGAUUGGCCUAAUCCAAUUUUGUCUUUCUACCCCCAAAACAGACAUGGAUAACAGUAUAGUGGUGAAGGAUUAUCAAUCUAUAGAUAGGAUCAUGAGGGAAGAGCGUAUCAUAACUGCUAAAAUGGUGAAGCAGAUCGCUCAAACAGGUUGUAAUGUGCUUUUAAUUCAAAAAUCAAUUCUCCGUGACGCUGUAACGGAGUUAUCCCUAGACUAUCUCUCUAAAGCAAAAAUUAUGGUUAUAAAGGAUAUUGAGAGGGAAGAUAUUGAAUUUAUUCGCAAAAGCAUUGGUUGUGAAGAGGUUGCUAGUUUGGACCACUUUACCGCUGAUAAACUUGGAACUGCAAGUCUGGUUGAGUCGGAAUUUGAAGGUGGAUCCCGUAUAGUUAAAAUCACAGGGGUAAAUAUGAAGAAUACUGCAUCUAUACUAAUCAAGGCAUCAAAUACACUCAUGUUGGAUGAAGCUGAGCGCUCAUUGCACGAUGCCCUAUGUGUUGUACGCUGUCUAGUUAAAAAGCGUGCAGUUCUACCAGGAGGCGGUGCUCCAGAGAUGGUAGUGUCUUACAAAUUAUCGGAAUGGGCUAAAACUCUAGAGGGUGUAUCUCAGGUAUGCGUAAAGGCCUUUGCUGAAGCCCUUGAGAUCAUACCAUACACCCUAGCUGAAAAUGCUGGUCUAUACCCUCUAAGUAUAAUAACUGAGCUCAGAGCAAAACAUGUGCAAGGCCUCUCCAGCUAUGGCAUCAACAUUAGGAAAAACUGCAUAUCUGACAUGAUGGAGGAUAACAUCAUACAACCGCUCUUGGUAACACUAUCAGCAAUAAAGCUUGCUACAGAAACAGUAUUGAUGAUUUUAAAAAUUGACGAUAUUGUAAGUUACAGCAAUUAUUAA